AAUACGGGAGCGUCUCUAAUGACUACUGAAAAAGGCACGUUCUCGCUGUCUCCAGUCCCACUAAGCCAGAGGCGCAUUCCCGUCAUGUCUAUUAAUUAAAACCUGUCCGUAUUCAUCCCACGACUAGUUUGAAUGAGUCUGAAAAUGUGAAUGGAUUAAAUCUGUCAAAAGAAAAAAAAGAAACCAGGGGAGAGAUUAUGGGGCGGAGAAACGCUCAAGUUUCUGUCUAGAAGCAUCAGAAAAGCAACUUCUGUUCUCAGGUUCGGAUCAGCAACUUCAACUAAGGUAUACAGUAGAAGUUAUCAGGAUGAAGGUGCUUGUGAUGUUCAGAAGGCUCCUGCAUUAAUCUCUAGAGGUAGCGGGGAUGCUGGAUUAUUGCUUCAGUUGAGUCAUUGGGUCACGUGUUAUUCACUGACCUACUGAAGGUUUUGGGUCUCGUGAAGAAGACAAGGGUUUUGCUAUGGUCCAGAGGCCACUGUGAGACUUACUCUUUUUACUGUUCCACCUGUUUCACUACAUCUCUUUUCAAAAUAGGCCUGGAGCAACUCAGCAGGCCAACCUUGGACAGCACACCAGUGCAUUCCUGACUUUUAAAAGCUUACGUAAAAGGGACAGUACUCACUCAUCCAUUACCUGCACUGGAGCGCAGAGGAGGCACACCCACACCCACCUUACUGCCAGAAGCAUUUUAGCUGGAAUGCCUUUUUUGGGGAGGGAGAGUGGGAUGUCUAUACUUGCCUGAAACAUAAUCUGUUGCUUCAAGUACCUUUUCGAAUCAAAACCACAAAGUGAGAGAUGAAGUUCAAGCUGUGCAAUAGAUGUGUCUUUGCAAUCUUCAGCUGCCAGAACAAUGAUGGCAAGAAGAAAGGUGGAUGGUGCUCUUGUUGUUUGUUCACCUACUUGUUUGCUGUUUUUCUGCUGAUCCUUGCAUGGAUGUAUAUGUGUGGGGCAGCUUUCAAUGACCGAGAUGAUUUAAAUUGGAAGGCAUUCCAGGUGGUUAAUCACUGGAUCAACUGGUUCAUGGUCGCUCUGAUUAUAUCUUUAGUGUUGGUCAUCUAUGCCUUCUUAUUACUGAUUUUUGCAGUACUUCUUGUUCUGCUAAAAGAACCUCUGGUUAUGCACUGCAUGCACAAGGUCCUGAUUACCCUGGCUCUUUUAAUCUCGGUUUCUGGGAUUGUUGGUCUGUGUAAAGGAUGGUCUGAAGAACUGAAAACUGUCAGCAUGUUUCUUAAGGUGACAAGUCCCAUUCUCCACAUCAUUGGUUCUGUUGUUGUCUGCCUUUGCAGUUUAUUUGUAUUCCAGCAGUUUUUUAUGGCCAAAAGCAAAGUUUCAAAGGUUUUCAUCAUGCUCACUUACCUGAUCAUUGUGGCAGCGGUCUUCCUGUUUCCAUGCUACCUGGAAUUUUUGGAAAUUUCAUCUCCUUGUCUGCAAGAAAACAUACCAAGGAAACCAGCACUGAUUGGCCAUCGAGGAUUAUCAAUGAUGGCACCUGAAAAUACAAUGAUGUCAUUCCAGAAGAGUGUGAAUUGUGGUGUUGUUGCAUUUGAAACAGAUGUUCUGAUCAGCUUUGAUGGUGUUCCUUUUUUGAUGCAUGAUGAUAAAUCUCUGAAAAGAACAACAGAUGUAGAGUCAAAAUUAAAAGAACAAAAGGACAAAGAAAGUUCUUGUUUUACCUGGAAAGAUCUGCAGACUCUCAAUGCUGGAACAUGGUUUGUAGAGAGGGACCCAUUCUAUACUGUCUCCUCUCUAUCAGAGGCAGAUAAAACUGAAGCAAGGAAUCAGAGUAUCCCAAAACUGACAGAGCUUCUGGAUCUGGCUAAUCAACAUAAUAUAUCUGUGAUCUUUGACAUCAAAAAUAUGUGCGCAUGUCACCCAUAUUACACAAACUACACCGCUCAAAUAGUUGAGACCAUCAACAAUUCCGGGAUUCAAGAAGAACUGGUAUGGUGGCUGCCCAGUAAUUACAGAUCAAUGGUGAAAAAAAAGGCUCCAGGGUUCAAGCAGGUUUAUGGCACUGAGCGUGAAAUGAAGAAUGAUGGUGGCAAUCGGCUUAAUAUGAAAUAUAGCGAACUGGAUUCCGAGGAAAUUAUGAACUACACCCAGAAGAAUGUAAGUGUAAACCUCUAUGUGGUCAAUGAAAUAUGGCUGUUCUCCAUGGUUUGGUGUAUGGGCGCUACCUCAGUUACUACCAAUGCCUGCCAUUUAUUCCAGGAUAUGGAGAAGCCGUACAUCUUCCACAUGGCUCCAAAAUGGUAUAGAAUCAUCUGGAUUUCAGUUGACUGUGUCCUCUUGUUGCUCAUUCUGGGAUUUUUCUUCCUUCAGAGGCACUUAAACCACAAAAGCAAAGGGCAAGACUGCAACCAGAAUGGCUAUAGAUUAUCAAGUUUGGAUGAGGAGGACAGUGUUUUGUGAAAAAAAAACCAGGAUAAUCACUUAGGCAUUCUAACCUCGGCAUCUCAAAUUUGUUUUGAGUUUUGUAAAGGAUUAAACCUUGCCUCAUAUCCUGUUUGUGGGAUAUUCCACUCCAAAAACUGGUUAAAAGAAAAUAAAAUGCAAAGCAAGAAUGUGAACUCAGUUGAACUGUAUAUCUCAGGAUACUGUGAAUUUAAAUGGGCUUAACUAAAAGGCAGACAUUUGUUUAACAAUAGAUUCUCAGGUGUAUUUGUGUCUCUGCUUGAAAUGAUCAGAACAAACAUGGGCUAAAAAGGAAUUGGCUCCAAAUAACUGCUCUUAUAUUCAUCUUGUACUGUCCUUGAAACUCGGUGUCCCCUAAGAGACUGGAAAUGAGCUGACCCUGCUCUCAUUAGGGCAUCACUGGGUGCUUUUGCAGUGUGAAAAAAGACAAUUCUGCUCUAAUUAAGACUGCGCCUUCAAGACACUGUGGUCAAUAAAAUCAAGAGGACUGCAUUGCUCAGCUACACCUCCCUCCAGAUAUAUCAAAGAGGCAUAAAGCAUCCGGAGGGAGCAACAUCUUCAGUGGCUCAGAUCGUCAAGCUAGAAGUAAUCAAUAUUUUUCUUUUUGGGAAAGAGCCUUGACAUCAAACUACGUUAUUACUUCUCUAGUCUAUGAUACACUGUAUAUUUGCAACUCAGGACGUGUAUUUCUACAUAAAGCUCUCUUUGAAAUUAAACUCUAUUUGUUUUUUCAACGUUCUUAUCCAAUUUUGGAUGACCAGGUGCUGGGGCCUACCUUGGCAAUAUUAGGGUAAAGGCAGAAACCAAGCCUGGAUGAGGCACCUGCCCACAACAGUACAAUGACGUCAAUCAGGCUAGUUCAGAGUUGGAGAAUGGAGAAGAAACAGAGGAACAUAGGGAGAGGAUGCAAACUCCACACGGACACCACUCCAGCCAGGGGAUUCGAGGAAGUGUUGUGAGGCAGCAAUGCUACCUGUUUCCGCCCGUUAUAAGUAUGCAAAUAUUUAAAGAGAAACAGAUUCAUUUUUUCCCACUGUGUCAAUUAUUUUUUUCUCUCUGAAGCUCCUUGGGAUGAAAUAUGAUUACAAGGAUGUGGCGUUGUUAUUUGGCUACUCCACUGAAAAUUUUGCCAAACAAGACUUGUGCUUAAUGUUUCCCACUAAAUUAUACCAAAAAUAUUUAGUAAAGAAAAGAGAAAGUGAGAGCCAUGGCCAUUCAUUUCAUCUCAAGAUCUGUGGAGGAUGAUGGGAUUUUGUGUCAUCACAUGUUCUGCCAUUAAACAAAAUGUCUUUCUUGAGGCUCAUGAAAACACUACAAAGGUCUGCUGUGAAUUGGAUCAUCAGGACAUUUUUUUCAAUGGACUAUCUCCAGAAAUCUACUUAAAUAAUUACUAACACAUAAACACAAACAUCUAUAUUUUUGUAAUAAAAUUUUAGAUGUAUUGUAUAUUUUUAAAAUUUUGGUUUUUACAUUUUUUGCUCUUGGAAAGACUGCUUUUCUGUCAGCAAAAAGUUUGUGGGCAUUUUCUGUCAAUUUUUUUUUUUUAUGUUAGUCUCUCAUUUGUAAACUAUUUUCCUGUCUGUUGGUUUGAAAGGUUUUUAAUCAAUUGUCUAAGUACUGUAUACAAUAAAUCAAGAUGGUGUCAUAGA